CGCCUUUUCGAACAAUCCGGUUGACGCAAUGGAAUUGUAAUAUCUACCACAACAAAUAGCUAUUGUAUGCUUCCAACAAAAGAGAUAAACCGGUAUAUACCACCUGCUUCAAAUGGGAAGUGCCAGAACUUCUAGACCCUGCAGAGGAAAUUAUAAUGCCUUUUCUUUUUGGCAACACAUCACUACAGGGGGCCGAUAUCAGUAAGAUGUCAUAUCUUGAUACAUAAUAUCCGCUAAAUAAAUUUGUCAUCACUAUUGGAUAGGCAUUUCUUGCACUUCUAACCCCCCUAGAUUAAUGUCCAACGCCGCCAAAUCCGAUGGCAGAAACCAAAGACUGAAAGCGUUAGAAGAUACUCUCUCUCUCCAUGAUAUUUCCUCUAAUCAACACCCUACUCAAUUUUUUCUUUUAAAAGUAAAAAAUAAAUAAGAAGACACUGAAACGACGCAGGAAAAGUACCCGGUUCUUCUUCACUAAAUCGGGUUGUAGAGUAGCUGCCUAUUAUCUUCAAUGAGCUGGUCUGUCGUCUGCCGCCCUGUACAGAUUAUGUGAUGACGAGACGAUUGAUCGUUUCUUCUUAAUAGGCCACCGUUUAUCGAUAGUUAUUUAAGUAAAAUUACUUUGAAAGAACCAAUUUGCCGUACUGGAAUUAAGAUUUUUAUUCCCAAUAUUGUGAGUGGGAGCUUCCCUCCCUCAUUGGACACCCAUUGUCAUGCCUGCACAGCCAAUAAACAUUUUUUCAUUUUAUUCGAGACGAUUUCUUUACUAAAUUCUUAAAGCGUUAAGUUACUGUACUCACGGAUACCGUCUUCUUUCUUUUUUUCUUUUUUUUUUUUGCUUGCUUGUGUUCAUCCACAGUGGGUGUCUGCCAUACACAGAGGCAAACCAACCAACCAACCAAUGUUCGCCUACCUCCAAACGGUGGAUUUUUUGUCGCUUUCUCGUGGCGUCACCAUCACCAUCACCAUUAUCGUCAUCAAGUCCCGUCUCUGGGGGUGAAGAAGUCUCGGCAGGAGAAGGCCUGCACAACACUAUGCCGUCCCAGAUUACGCCGUAUAUACCGCGCGCGCCAGAGCCCGUUGAUGCGGGGGUCCCGCUCGACCAGACAGCCAUGUUUUCCCUUAUCGUUGCAAUCGUGCUAUUCCUCGUCAAAAUUCUGGCCGGCCUCUACACUGUGGCCACGCUGCCAUUGUACUUCGUCUUCCAGAAGCCCUGGAAUUACUGGUGGCGCUCGCGCACGUGCUUCGCCAAGCCAGUCGUCGAGAACGACCCGUCGACGCCUUACUGGCGUCUUGGAAGCAAGUGCCGCCAGGUCGAGGCUCUGGCGGGCGUCAGCACCUUGGACGAACUGGCGCGAAGGGCGAUCUGCACAUGGCCACUGCGGCGCUCCCUUGGGAAGAGAACCACGUUAGGUCGGACCGAAGAGAAACAAAGCAGCGGCAAGGUCUUCAGGAAGCUGCUCCUGGGCGAGUACGAAUGGCUGACGUACCGCGAGGUCGACCGAGAGAUCGAGCUCACCGCGCGCGGCCUUCAGUCGAUCGGUGCGAGGCCCUACCAGCACUUGGCCAUCUUGGCCGAGACCCGCGUCGAGUGGCUGCUCACGGCGCAGGCCUGCUUCCGCACAAACGUCCCGCUGGUGACGUUGUACGCGACGCUCCCCGACGAGGGGAUAGCGAGCGCCAUCAACGAGACACAGGCGACGCACCUGGUCACCUCCGCGGAUCUCCUGCCGCGGGUGCUGAGCAUCGCGGACAAGAUGCCGUCGCUAACGCACGUAGUCUACAUGGAGGACCCCAACUCGAAGCCGUUAGAGCCGACUACUCAAGGACCACUGCAGGUCAUUCCGUUUUCCAACCUGGAAAACCUGAGAGCGAACUUCGUGGCACAAAAGUCCGCGCCGACGCCGUACGAUGUAGCCAUCGUCAUGUACACCAGCGGGUCCUCUGGCGUGCCCAAGGGAGUUGUGGCCACGCACAGAAACAUCAUCGCGGCCAUCAACGGUCUCGCCGCCGUCCGCCAGGCAUACUGCACCGGCCAGGACACGUACAUCGCCUACCUGCCAUUGGCUCACAUCCUCGAACUGGCCGUGGAGGCGCUCGUCUUUGGCACAGGCACGUCCAUUGGCUUCUCGUCACCGCUGACCCUGACCAACACCUCGACGGGUUUGGCCAAAGGGUGCCCCGGGGAUGUGAGCCUGCUCCGGCCGACUCAGAUGGCCGUCGUCCCGCUCGUCCUCGACAAGAUCUGCAAGGGCAUCUCAGACGCCGUCGCCUCGAGGGGACCCCUACUCAAGGCGUUAUUCGACCACGCCGUCGACUACAAAAACUUCUGGCUCGACUGCGGUUUCAACACACCUCUUCUCAACCUGCUACUCUUCAGCAAAGUGCGCCGCGCGCUGGGCUCGAGACUCAAGGUCGUGGUUAGCGGCUCGGCGCCGUUGUCGAUUCGAACGCGCCGUUUCGCUCGCGCCUGCCUCUGCUGCCACGUGAUCGAGGCGUACGGCCUGACCGAGACUUGCGCCGUGGCGACGGUCAACGACAUCGACGACACGAGCGUGGGCCGCGUGGGUGCCCCGAUUCCCGGGUGCUACCUUCGGCUGGUCGACUGGUCCGAGGGCUCCUACCGCAUAUCGGACAAGCCCAACCCGCGCGGCGAGAUCGUCAUCGGGGGCGCGUUCGUCACGCUGGGCUACUUCAAGAGGGACGAGCUCACGCGCGAGUCAUUUCGCCACGAAUCCGGAGUCCGCUGGUUCUACACGGGCGACGUCGGCGAGAUCUUCCCCGACGGCACGCUGCGGAUAAUCGAUCGCAAGAAGGAGCUCGUCAAACUCCAGCACGGCGAGUACGUCUCGCUGGGCCACGUCGAGUCGGUGCUCAAGGCGUGCCCGCUCGUGGACAACGCGCUCGCGUACGGCAGUUCUCUGCACACGUACCUGGUGGCGCUCGUGGCGCCCAACCAUCAGAAACUGCAGCACCUCGCUCGAGAGCUCAGCAGGGCGACGCAAGAGGCCACCCUGAAGGAGCUGUGCGAGGACCCCAAAGUGGCGAAGGCCGCCACCGAGGCGAUCCUGGCGUUCGCGCGCCAAAGCGAGCUGCACAAGACCGAAGUGCCGCUCAAGCUCAAACUCUGCGCCGAGGAGUGGACGCCGCAGACGGGACUGGUGUCGGCCACCUUCAAGAUCCGCAGGAAGCCCCUUCAAAAUUUCUACGAGCGCGACAUCAAAGUCCUCUAUGGAAUUGCGGAGUAGAGUGCGCUGGUCAGCACGUAACGCAAGACGUAGGGCAUGCGAUGAUGAUGCGGCUAGAUUUUAAUACAUGCUGUACUUGAACAGUAAAAUUUUGAUCUCUA